GGCCCGGUGGUCACCGGACCUGCACCCUUCCUUGAAUAAAAGUGUGGUGGCUGAAUUAGGCCAUGAAGACCCCCCAAGGGGUAUGAGGUGGGGGACACACCUGUUUAAUGACCGCUGGGGUCCGGGGCUCUCCACCUGACCACACACACCCUCUCCUAUCAGGGGGAGGCCCCACCUCCUGAACAGAUCCCAGCCAUGCCCCCCACACCCACCCCGUCUAAGGAAGGGGUGCGAGGGGUGGCGCAGAGGCUUCGAGGGCAACAGCUGGAGGCCCUGACUCGAGUGGCCCUGAUGGAGCAGCGAGUGAAGGAGCUACAGCGCCAGAAGAAGGAGCUGAGGAUCGAGAUGGAGGUGGAGGUGGCCCUGCUGCGGGGUGAGCUGGCUGGGGAGCGUGUGGCUGCCAGGCGGGAGGAGGAGCAGCUCCGGGCGCUGCUGGAGCAGCAGGUGGACACGGAGCAGGGCAGCCGGGAGCAGCGGGAACAGGUCUGUUUGUCCUGCUGGGUCUUUGUCAUCCGUUUCCCUCCUUGUCAGAAGAAUAUUCCUGGUGGGGUCCUGGGAUCAGGGGCUCCUAGGACCAGGGUUACCCCUAUUCCCCAAAUGGUGAUACUUGGGCUGGGAUGGAGGCUGUGGGGGAACAGAAGCCGCUCCUUACUUCCUCCUGCCUCCCUGACCGUGAUGUUGGGGCCUCUUCCUUU